AGCUGCCAGUCCAGCAAGAGCUGGUUGGCUUUUGUCUUGCUGUCGGAUCUGGGCUGUGAUCCGGGUGCAUAGAAUUAGGAUUAUAAUUAUUUUUAAUUAACUAUUAAAGCUUUUCACAUAUAUUUAAAGGAUCAGCGUUUGAAAUACGCUGCAGCCACAGGAUACGUUUACACCAUUUUUUCUUUCUUCCUAAGGCUCUGACGUUGACAAGGAACCUGCUGGUUCCACUCUUCCCAGCCAAGUAUGAGCCAGCCUUCUGACUCCCCUAAAGAAGCAGAGAUAUCAGAAGAGCAGCCUUCCACCUGUGAUAACAAGGAAUGUGGAUCAACUUGUGAAGUUGUACUCUUGGCAGCCCCCCAGGCAGAAGUCAAACUGGCGGCAACUUCAGGGAAAAAGCAGAACAAGAAGAAGGUGGAAGAAGUGGUUGAGGAGGAGGAGGAAGAGUAUGUGGUGGAGAAGGUUCUGGACCGGCGGGUGGUGAAGGGCAGAGUGGAAUACCUACUUAAAUGGAAGGGGUUCUCUGAUGAGGACAACACAUGGGAGCCAGAGGACAACCUGGACUGCCCAGACCUGAUAGCAGAGUUCCUGCAGUCUCAGAAGGUGGCCCAUGAGCAGGAGAAGAAGGAGGCCGGGGGAAAGAGGAAGAGCACAGAGUCUGACACAGAAGGUGCUGGGGAGGACAGUCGGCCCAAGAAGAGAAAAGACGAGUCAGAAAAGCCCAGGGGUUUUGCUCGGGGACUUGAACCAGAGCGCAUCAUAGGGGCCACUGACUCCAGUGGAGAACUCAUGUUCCUUAUGAAGUGGAAGAAUUCUGAUGAGGCGGACUUGGUGCCUGCCAAGGAGGCUAAUGUGAAGUGUCCCCAGGUGGUCAUCUCCUUCUACGAGGAAAGGCUAACAUGGCACUCUUAUCCCACUGAGGAAGAGGAAAAAAAGGAGGACAAAAAUUAAAGAUCGGGGAUUUUAUCGGGGGAUUUUCUCGUAGAUUUGCUUCUACUUACUAUAUAUUGUUUUAUACAAAUUGAAAGCUGUUGCAGUGGCCUUCCAGACACAGUACCAGAAGAGUUGUGUUUUUUGUGUAUGGAAUGCAGCAUUCCUUCUUCAUUCUGUCAUGUGUGUCAUUAGUGCUAGGACCAAAUUAAAAAUCAAUAAAAAGAUCUCUCCA